UUUGUUUUCAAGAGCACUCACCUGUUUUCUUUGUCUCUGUUGCAUUUGACUUAGUUUUAGCAAGUUAUUUUAUUUAAAAUGACGAAUAUUUGAUUUUUAAAAUAUUCUUUAUAAUGUAAAAUUGCAGAAAAAGCUAUUGACGACAGAAUUCUUGCCAACACCAUUCUGAAUGAGAAUCAUAAACCCGUGCCACAAUGACGCCAACGGUGCUACUUGCCCUGGAACAUCUGCUGCUGCUGGUGAUUUGCAUCACCGGCGACAAACUGGGUGCCAUCGUUCAGAAACCUCCACUGCUGCGAGCAGUCAUCGACAACAUAACACAUGCCCUGAUCGGCGGACUGGUCACCGAAAUUAUCGUACGAGACUACAAAGAUCAGCUCGAUCGAAGCGACCAGAUAACGCUGAUCGCUGUCGGAUUCGUUGCUUCUUCUUGGAUAGAUCUGGACCACUUCAUCGAAGCGCGAUCGUUUCAUUUGGAUGACGCCACCAGCCUGACCCACCGACCCUUCCUCCACAACUCGAUGAUCUUCGUGGCACUGUUCGCCUCAAUGAUCACAGCUGUAAUAUGCCAGCACAGUUUGCUGGUCUCGUUGUGGUUUUCGGUUGGUUUCGUGGCAUUCUUUACGCACCAGAUUAGGGACGCCAUCCGACGGGGUCUUUGGUUUCGGGCACCGUACCUCAACCAUAGCACGGCACCGGUCAUCUAUUGGGUGUAUCUGGCGCUGGAGCAGCUGUGCGCUCAUGCCGUGAUACAACUGCUGGCGAUGCAGCAACGCCACGGCCGCCAACUGGUGGGAACGGAAAGCUUUGGCGUGAAAUAUAAACCUCUUGAGGUUGUUUGAUGUAGA